ACACAGGAUGAGCCCAGUGAGUGGGAGAAAACAGAGCUGGACCAGGCGCAGGUGGAGCAACGGAUCAAGGAGUACAACAGCCAGAUAAACAGCAACCUCUUCAUGAGCCUGAACAAGGAUGGCUCCUACACCGGCUUCAUCAAGGUGCAGCUGAAGCUGGUGCGCCCAGUCUCAGUGCCAGCCACCAAGCGGGUGCCCUCCCUGCAGGCGGGGCGAACGGGGCCACGCACCCAAGGGGUGAAGCGCCGCACAUCCUUCUACCUGCCCAAGGGAACCGUCAAACACCUGCAUAUCUUCUCACACACCCGGGCCAGCGAGGUCAUUGAUGCCCUCCUCCGCAAGUUCACCGUCGUUGACAACCCCCGCAAGUUCGCCCUCUUUGAGAGGUCCGAGAAGGAUGAGCAAGUGUACCUGCGGAAGCUGGCCGAUGAGGAGCAGCCCCUGCGGCUGCGGCUGCUGGCUGGUCCCAGCGAGAAGGUGCUCAGCUUCGUCCUAAAGGAGAACGAGACCGGGGAGGUGAACUGGGACGCCUUCACCCUACCGGAGCUUCACAACUUCCUGCGCAUCCUGCAGCGG